AAAACAAAAAAAACCUUAAGAAAACUUCUUUUCACUUUCUUCAAUGACUUCUUCUAAAGCUUGUUAUAAACUCCUUACCAUUACAAUUCUCCUUCUCUCCUUCACAAUUACCUCUCUUGCCGGUAACGCCGAGUACGCAGACGUAAGCGAAUGCAGAGCGGAAUCUGGAGAUCCAUCAUGUCACAACAACAAAAUAGCACAAAAGUUUAAACUCAUUGCAAUCCCAUCGAUCUUAGUGGCGAACAUGAUCGGUGUUUCUUUACCGUUGCUUUCUCGUUUCAUUCCUGUUUUAGGACCCGACCGAGAUAUGUUUGUGAUCGUUAAGACUUUAGCUUCGGGUGUAAUUUUGGCAACCGGUUUUAUGCAUGUGUUACCGGACUCUUACGAUGAUCUCACGUCCAAAUGUUUGCCUGAAGAGCCCUGGAGGAAGUUUCCUUUCAGCACUUUCAUCGCGACGGUCUCGGCUUUGCUCGCUUUAAUGAUUGAUUCGUAUGCGACGAGAACUAGUAAGCGUGAAGGAGAAGCCGUACCAUUAGAAAAUGGAUCUAAUUCUGUGGAUACACAAGAAAAGGUGUCGGAACUAGGUAUCGUAGUUCACUCGUUCGUGACCGGUCUCGCUAUGGGGGCUUCAGAUAACCAAUGUACCAUACGAUCACUUAUCGCAGCGCUUUGUUUCCAUCAACUUGUUGAAGGAAUGAGACUCGGUGGUUCCAUUUUACAGGCGGAAUUGAAAAGCAAAAUGAAUUGGAUAAUGGUGUUUUCCUUUCCGGUCACAACACAAGUUGGGAUAGCUUUAGGGAUGGAAAUACACAAGAUAUAUGAUGAGACAAGUCCGACAUCGUUGAUCGUAGUGGGGGUCUUGAAUGCGUGUUCUGCAGGAUUAUUGAUUUAUAUGGCACUUGUUAAUCUCUUGGCUCAUGAAUUCUUCGGACGACCAAAGAAGAUUCAUUUCCUAGGUUAUGUUGCUGUCUUUAUAGGUGGUGGAGGAAUGUCUUUAAUGGCUAAGUGGGCAUAGAACUCUUGAGUUAGACUCAUCUUUACUUCUGUGUUCAGUUUAAUUUUCGAUCAUUAGAAUAAAAAAAUAUUGUAUGAUUUAGGGCUGAUAAUUAAUGAUUAUAUGGUACUAGUUGAUCUCUUGGCUCAUGAAUUUGUCGGACCAAAAAUAAAAGGGAACAUGAAAUAAUAAAAUUAAAACUAAGUA